AUAUAUAUAUAUAUAUAUAUAUAUAUAUAUAUAUAUAUUCAUUUACAAGCUACUGGCAAGUCUGAUAGCUAAUGGCUGGUCUGAGAGCUAACAGCUAGUCUGAUAGCUAACGGCUAGUCUGAGAGCUAACUGCUACUCUUAGAGCUAACAGCUUGUCUUGAGAGCUAACAACUAGUCUGCUAACUAAUGGCUAGUCUGCGAGCUAAUGGCUAGUCUGAGAGCUAACAACCACUCUGCGAGCUAACGGCUAGUCUGAGAGCUAACAGCCACUCUGAGAACUAAUGGCUAGUCUGCGAGCUAAUGGCUAGUCUGAGAGCUAACAACUACUCUGCAAGCAAACGGCUAGUCUGAGAGCUAACAGCCACUCUGAGAACUAAUGGCUAGUCUGCGAGCUAACGGCUAGUCUGAGAUCUAACAGCCCCUCUGCGAGCUAACAGUUAGUCUGAGAGCUAACCGCCACUCUGAUAACUAAUAGCUAGUCUGCGAGCUAACUGCUAGUCUGAGAGCUACCAACCACUCUGCAAGCUAAUGGCUAGUUUGAGAGCUAGCAGCCACUCUGCGAGCUAAUGGCUAGUCUGAGAGCAGCUCCAACCUUAAAAAGAUUCAGAAAUGGUUUCAAAAAAUAACUUCUACAUGGCCUACUGUGAUAUUUUGAGGAUUAGAACAUUUUGUAGAGCAGUGGUUCCUAACCUGGGGGUCCCGACCCCCACAAGGGGGCGCCAAAGCCCCUCAGUGGGUCGCCAGGACCUCUCCACUUUAAGGGGUUAAAACUUCAUUUAUUACUUGUUUAUAGCCUACAUUGUGCUCACAUUUUUUUUCUUGAGUGAAAAGUUUACUGAUAUUAAGACAGGAAAUAAUUAGUACAGAAAACGUAACACACUUUUAAGAACAUUUUGCUCAGCUCACUGUUUUAUUUUCAAGUGUCAAAAGUUCAUUACAGAUAGGACUGGUUGAUUAAUCACAGCCUUUACAGUAAAUAAUCUAGUAUAAACAGUAAUAUACACAUUUAAGUACAUUUUGCUCAGUGUAUUUUUUAUGUGUCAAACGUUUAUUGAAAGGAAUGAUUGAUUUAUCAGUGUUUACAAGAAACAAUGUGUUCAGAAAAGUAAUACAAACUGUCAAGCACAUUAUGCUCUGUUUGGUUUUGUUAAUGGCUUUGUUCUGUACUGGAGCCUACUAUUACUGUUAUCUAUUGAAUCAAAACAUAUUAAAAUGUGCUUGAACAAUUUUAUCAUUUCUUAAUAUUGUUUGUACUGGAAGAGAGAAUGGGAGGGGGUCGUCAAAAAUUUUACUGGUAAAAAACGGGGUCCCUUGGGAAAAAGGUUGGGAACCACUGUUGUAGAGUUUGGUCUUUGCGCUUGGAGGUACUGUUAGCUCAUCAGUCCUGAAGGACUUAAAACAUUUCAAGCUCUUUUAAUACUUUAUUAUAUUAUUGUGCCCCCGUAAAACUGAAACUGUUGCCUAGAAUUUUGAGAAGUUAUUUACAGAUUUUGUUUAUCUAAAAAAGUCAUUUCCUUUUUAAAACAUUUGAUGAAAGAAAAGAAAGAAAGAAAACAAUCUUUUACAUAGCGCCUCUCAAGAUAAAAAUGAUGACUCACCGUAGUUCAUGUAGACAAUGUAUUAAACUUAAUGCUGGGUAAGUCUUUGGUUCCACUUUGUAGCUUAAAAAGCUACUGAAAUAACCAGCUUUUAUUUCACCUGUCCCCAUUUUGUUUUGUUUUUGUGUGUGUGAUCUUUAUACACCACUGUGGAAAGGAAAUAGUCACUUUUUUUUUACAACUUUUACACCAGAACACACAUAAACAUGGCAGGAAAACCCCUUCAAGCUUACCGAAAUCGAGCUCUUGACUGCACUUUAUGCACCUCAGCUACUCAUAGUUCCCCUUUCAGACCAGGAAUUUAUAAAAUAAUCUUGAUCAAAUCUGGUACAACUACGUCUCACUUUGCUUUUCCUGACCUAUAGGAUGAAUAACAUCAGCAGCCAUGAUUGUCAGCUAAAAAAAACACCGGAGAGAAAGAAAUGAUGCAAAAACAUAAACACCAAACUAACUCAACAUCACAGAGAAGACAUUAAACCUCAUAGCAAGGGGACAAAAGCACUUGAGGGUAUUUUUACCUUUUUAUUUAAUGUAUUAUUGCUGCUUUAUUCUGCAGUAACACAGGAGAAGAGUAUAGACAGGAUCUUGUUCUGAAUGCGCUAAUGGAUGUGGAGUCUCCAGAGGGAACUGCUGUCAUCCUGGAGGAUCAAGCACUGUCUUUUCCUGUUUCCAUCAUUUUUUUCCUGCCCCCCCCCCCCCCCCCCCCCACACACACACACACACACACACACACACACACACACACAGCACGAUCUCUCACCAUCACAUAUCUACUGUAGAAAUAAAUGAUUAAAAGUGCUUUUUAAAGUUCAUCCCAUCGCUUUCAGACGUGCCGCGCAGUGUCUCUUAUAGGACGUUUAAGUUGUUUUACAAAUGACAAAAUGCCAAAUUAAGGGGUUAUUUGUAUGAAGGUAUACAUACAUACAUAUAUAUAUAUAUAUAUAUAUAUAUAUAUAUAUAUAUAUAUAUAUAUAUAUAUAUUAGAUAAUGUGUAGAUUAAAAUGAAUAUGUUAGAGGCUUUUUUGCACUAGUUGUUUCUGUUGUGUGAUUCCAUGUAACCUUUGGCUCUUGAGUUUAUCCAGAAGCAGAUUAUUUUUGCAGAACACACCUGAUCAGAUUCCCUUUGUUUGGACCGUAACUCCUCGUUGUUUUCUAUUUGAACUGUAGCUCGUCGACGACAGACGUUCUGUGUGUGUUUUUGUAUUUAUAUUGUACUGUUGGACUUAUAGCAUUGACAAAACUGUUCUUAUCCAGCUCCUUUAAUACUGUUUUAUAGUAUGUGUAUCAAUAAAUGCAGGUGUCAAACGGGACAUGACUCAUUUGUGUUUUGUUUCUAGAGAUUGAUUUUUAUUCUGGUCAUAAUUUAAUAUGUUUAAAACCAUAAUGUUUGUAACUGGGCCGACAUCAAGGCACUUCUAACUACUUUUUAUUUUUACUUAGGUUAUUGUUGCCUUUCUGUGUGUCUGUUGAUCUAAAACAUGUAACUUUGACCCAAAAAAAUCUAAAUGACACCUGAAGAAAUCACCGACAGGGCAGACACAAUUUCACAAUUGAUAUGAGGCUCUUUGGACAUUAUGCGGCUCUGCUGAAGCUCCUUUUUUGUUAUUAUAAACAAGCUAUUUCCAUUAUAAAGGAGAACAAAGUGUGGUGAUUGUGUUAGCGUUGCCUGGCAACCCCAUUGCAUCCUUUCUGCUGCUCUAUAUAACAAGGAGAGGGGUUUAUUUCCAGCACGGACCAGGUGGUGCAAUUUUCAAGUUUAAAUCCCUGAACCUUGUCAAAAAAUAUGUUCAAAACCAGGGCGGAUGAGCAGACAGGCACCAAGUUCCUCCUGGACGCGAUGUCCAAGGAUCAAGUCCACCUGGCCAGGUUUGUUUUGGACGCGCUGGAUGGAGGAAUCGUGGACUCCCGAACAGAUGGCGCGCUCACCCCUCUGAUUUCUUCCAUCCUACUGCCUGAUGACCACACCCGGGAGAAGUUUGUAGAGCUUCUCCUGCAGAAAGGAGCUAGGGUCAACUACCAGGACGGGAGCGGGCGCUCUGCGCUCAGUUACGCCUGUGAGAGGGGCCACCUGGACACUGUGAAGAUCCUGGUCCGGAACAACGCAGAUCCAGAGAUCGGGGACUCGUGGGGGAACACGGCGCUGAUGUACGCCGCUGCUGCAGGACACUCCCGCGUCGUGGAGUUUCUGGUGAGAGCAUUCAAGAGGCUGGGGCUUGGGAUCCACAGACGAAACCAAGCUGGAAACUCAGCUAUCAGCGUGGCAAAGUUCCUGGGUCACACAGAAUGCGUCUUUGCGCUCACGAACUUCUCCAACAGGACGCGCGAUGCAGACGGGGGCGUUCAGGGAAACGCACAGCCGCUGCUGUGUGCUGAUUUUGAAGGUAAAAUUGGCGACUUAACGAGUAAACUAGAUGCCAUUCAAACGCGUGAUCGUCCUCUAAUCGUCCAGAACGCUGCCUGGCAACCGAGACCUCAGGUGAAGCAGUACCGGCUGCGAUCCAUCAACUCCGUAGAUGAGUUUGGAGGUGAGCGCGAGUCAUUCAGGGACCUGCUCUUCUCAGGAGAACUCACUCCUGCCUCUCCGUCUCGGACUUACAGCCAAACCUCGCAGCAACUCAAAACUGAACUUUUACCGCCAAUUUCCUUCUCCCCACAAGCCAAGGGAAACCGGACAAAGCCCAGCGCGUCAUCAGCGCUGGGAGUGCUUCUGACCCCCAUCCCUCCAGAUAAAAACGAGCCCGACAGAUGGAAAGAGAAAUCUUUCUGUCUGAGUAAACUAAACGACAGCUACUACAGGAAAAGAUGCAGUCUGCCAACCAGUGUGCUCAUCCCCGCGCCCCCAGAGCGCACUCUGGUGCCCGUGCGUAAAACCAGAUUGGUGAGACGCGAAGAGGUGGCCGCACCUCCUUUCAGCGCAGCAGCAACUGCCUCUUCUGCCAGAACCUUCUCAACGUUCAGCAACAAACUCUUUCGCAGAUUCACCUCCCCUGAAUUUAAGAAGAACGUCAGAGAUCCGGUGCUGAUGUCCAGUCGGAUCCCGAGAUCUGAAACUUUUCCCCAAGCCGCCAAACAUCCACAGGUGGACAGCACACCCAGCAUCAGCAGCAUCAGCUCCGUCGAGUGCGCGUUUGACUGUGUUAGCAGGAAAACAAACUGAGUGACAGGAGGCUGUGCGUA